AUGGGCGGCGAAAAUGUCGAGAUUGGUUCUGCUCCCUUGCCUUUCGACACGAAUGUGGAGCUGGUGGAUUACCGCGAUGCUUAUUUUGAGUGUAGUGGUAAGGUGGACGAGGGGAUGGAAGUGAUUGUACCCUCUUAUGGACGGUGCCGUGUGCCUCGCAAGUGUUUUGCAGAUGCAGUAGUUGAGGGUGCGCCUCUUACGUCGCUUGGGCUUCACUUCUCAACCGAGUACCGCGUCGACGUCGAACAAAGCGUGGGCAUACUACUGCAUCAUAUCGGCUGGUCGCUCCAGCACCUUGGGCUGGAAUACUAUCCUCAAGUGAAUGAAGACGUGCUACUGUCGAGCAUUCUGAAAGCCUGCCCGCGAUUGACUAGCCUCUCAAUUUGUACGCGCUCUAUCCGGUUGAAUCGAAUCGUCUCUCAACAUGAGCGCAUCGGUGAAGAUGCUGGAAUAGACGGACCCAUGAUAUCGAAGUUGAGGCUGGCACAAGUAUAUGAUAUCGGUCCAGACCACGGGAAAAUCUUCAUGAACCGGCUUGCAAGACCCCACGAGCUAUCUGGCUCAGCAUUUGAAGGAGCUCAUGAUACGUACUAG